AUGGACCCCCUUCGUGAUGCUCCCACGACAACGCCGACCACAAGUCCAGAACUCUUGCCUUCCUCUGACCAACCACCAUCCUCAGCUCAACAUAUAGUGGAAGAGACCAACGGAAAAGGAAGAACGAACAAGUUAGGGAUGGGAAAAGAUAAAUCUGGAUGGGGUGAUCUACCUGUAGGAGUCUUACACCUUAUAUUUUCCCAUGUCAUCGAAUUUCCUCCUCCAGAUAACUGCAUUUUCCAGACUUGGCGAAACCGAUCUCAGAGUUAUGAAAUUGCAUUGGCGAUCGAACAGAGAAUAAGGUUAUGUACUUUAAGGAAAGUCAGUCUAGGUUGGAAGUCUGCCGCCGACUCUCACUCAUUCUGGCCGACCUAUACCCUGCUUCUCGAUCCAUCCCGACCUCAUUCCUCCACCUUAGCGGAUAUAGACUCUGCCCGUCUCACACCUUCCACGCCCUCUUUCCCAACCCUCUUCCAUCGAGCGAGAUAUACCACUCUCCACAUCUGUAUACCAUGUCGACUCAAUCACCCAUCGCGAUUAGGUUUGUACCCUGCCGUCCGACGUCGUCUGACAUAUACCAAGAAAUUCGGAUACACCCCAACAUGCGAGAAACAUUAUAAUCAUUUUUGUUCGGGGUGUUAUCGAGAAUACAGUAUAGAAUCUUUAUCACCUACUCCUCCUACCGCGGGCGGGAAUCGAUAUAUGAGAAAUGUUACACCAGUCGUACCGACCAAUACAGGGUUACUACCUUGUAAUGCGAAAGAUACAGAUGAAGAUAGGACUUAUCGCUUAAGAAAUGAUCUAAUCUGCCGAAAUUGUAGACGAAUAUCAAUCUCAAACGAACUUACCAACCUCCUUAAGGAAUGCUCCCGAAAUACUCAAACUGUCGAUGGUAUGGGGGUAAUUAGGGGAUUGAAUAAUGAUUGGAUCAAUAAUCAGUAUAUCAAGGAAUACAUUGAGGAAACAACCUCUACUUGUGUAAUCAUGGCGAACAAGGCAGUAGAAUUACAGUGGUUAAUGAAUCAUACGAGAUAUACAGAACUAUGGGGUACAGCAAUGGAAUUGCAAAGAAAUGAAAGAAUGAUGAAAGAUCGAUAUAUCAAUCAUAAUUUCAAUGCUAGACUCGUUGAAUGGCCUCAUGAGAAGCAACAGAGAUUAAUCAAAGAAUAUGAAUUGAAGGGAGAAGAUUUUGAAGGAAGGGAAAGUUUGGAAGAUCAUUAUGAGUUUAUGGAUUUGUGCAAAAAGUGGAAUGAACAAUAUAGAAAGAGAUUUUAUAAUGGUGGAGAAAGUGAUGAAGAUGAUGCGUUGGUGUAUGGCGAGGAGGAGGAAGAAGAUGAGGAGGAAGAAUUGAGAGUUAGUAGAGGAGAAUUGAACGAUAAGUACCAGACCAAACUUCAAGAAGGAUGUAUCAACGACUGGUUCAAUGAUCGAGUCCGUUUCGGAUUCUGGGUAUCACCCUCAGAUGAAGUGUUGAGAUAUCAAUUUCGAGCUUUGCCCGUUCCCGGUGAAUCAUCAAGUAUACAUACAUCUGUCGCGCAACUGUGCCGACAUGCUAAACAUCCUUUAUCUAAUUUUAUCAAUAUCGACUAUGACCCAAUCGAAGCUGAACAUGAUUCCGCCGGAUUGAUCACCCUUAAUCCUCUCGACAUCGAUGAGGAGACCGAUCCGUUUUUAUCUCCCGAAAGACUAUUAGGGAAACUCGACGGAUUGUACGAAGAUAAAUUACGAUCCAAGAUUACUCCACCUCUAACUGAAUUAGUGAGAAAAUUCAGAGAAUGGUUUGGGAACGAUGAUAUCGCAGAACAGUAUUGUGAGAGAUUGGCGGUAGGGGAUAUAAUUAAGAAAUUGGAUGAUUGGGAAUUAUGGGUACCUAGAAAACUGGUUGAGCAUAUCAAAGCUGUCGAAAAUAGACGAAUUCACGAUACAAAUUCAGCUUCUGUUUCAACCGCUAGAGCGGGCGCAGAUAUUACUUAUAAACAGAAUCAAGGAUCACCCAAGAUCGAGUUGGUUCAAGAAGAAAAUCAGUCGCCCACGAUGGCUGAAUAUGGUAUAAAGGAAAUUGCAUUCAUAGCUUCUUUGGACCAAGGUGAACAUGAUGAUGGUAAUCCUGGGAUUUCUGCGAUUAACACACCGAGGAGAAUUGAGGAUGAUGAAGUCGUUGAAGGUUCACCGAAACUGGGAAAGAGAAAAUCACCCAAUGAACAAGAAGAUGCUUUACCCGAGAAGAAAGUUCGACAUUCACCUCCUCCGUGGAACUCGUCUCAAGCUGGUACUGGCGGUAUGCCUGUCACCCCAUCCGAUCGAGCGUUUAUAGAAGAUGAUUCAGACUCGUCGACAAAAAGAAAACGCAAAUUACCUCCAUCGCCUGAGACGCACCAUAUUGAUCGAGUUGCUAGGGCAGUAUCCCCUCCUGCACCAUUGCGAUAUGACCUGAAUCGAGUCAAGGAUGACACCAACAUAGGGUUGAGUAUGUCUAACGGAUCUUCUAUGCCUACUACUCCUUCUCCGAUGUCUGGGGCUGAUGCAGAUUUGAUGGUAGAUGAAGAAGAGGAUGAUGCUGGGGUAUCUGAAAGAUCGGAAACUGAGAUAAGCAGUCACGAUACGAUUGGUACGAUGCCUAUCACCCCUACCCCUGAAGCGGAAGAGUGGACGGGGAGUUUAAAGGAUGAACGUGAGGGAAAUGAGACAUCGACCAAUGUCAAAAUUCACGUUGGUAGAACGGAUUCAAGUGGCCAGAAAGAAGUGGUCACUAUUGUCGAUACGACUACUGGACACAUUAUAUCACUUGAGGAUGAUGAAGAAGAAUCCUCCGAGGAACAGGAAGAAGAAGAGAUGUAUGAUACAAAUAAUGAAGAAGAGGAGGAGAAUAACGCAAGUCAGACGGCGGAAAUAGAUUCGGUGAUUAAAGAAUAUCUACAAAAGCAAGAAAAGAAUAUACCUUUCUUACCUCUAUCUCCACCAGGUCUUCAAUGGAAUUUAGGUGAAAAAACCAAUUCGAUAGUUCUGAAAGUAUUUUACGAACAGAGAGAAGUGUUGAGAACUUGUAGAUGUACGAUAUGUGAGAGAAGUAAAGCUAAAAGGGCGGCAGAAGGUGUCUUACAGGGUUUGAUCUAUGGUGGGGGCAAUUGGGUGAAUUGA